CUUCCUGUUACGAGGAGGCUGAUAUCGUCUUUGUAGUCAUCCUUGCAGGAAAAUGCCUAACUGAUUUCUGGUUAGGAAUUGUGCGGUCGGAGCGUUCCCGAGUUCAGUUGGACCAGCCGGGCGCCGACUGCGUGCAAGGCGCAGUGCUCUGCCCGCGCCGGAGGGAUUCAAAGGUGAACGGGCCCCGCAGUCCCCUCCCCCGAGGAGUUGACGCUCUGGUGUGUAGGCGAUAAGACGGGUACACAAAAAACCACGAUACCAGGAAGGAGGUGAUAAGUCCUGUGAAACAACUACGGGGUGCUAGAAGGGCAUCCAGGGAACAGCGGACCGGUCGAUCACUUCCGCCCUGCAGAAAUCUGGAGGGCUUCCUGGGCGAGGCGGUGCCAAGCAGGGUCUUGAGGCCCGAAGGGUUUUAGGAGGGUUGCAGAAGGGACCGUAGGUGGAAGGGCAGCAAAGCUAGAGGACAAAGGUAAAGCAGGCAGAGCGCAGCGGAGGCCUCUGCUGCUUGCCGUCAUGCCGUUCCCGUUUGGAAAGUCUCACAAAUCUCCAGCAGACAUUGUGAAGAACCUGAAGGAGAGCAUGGCCGUUCUGGAAAAGCAAGACAUUUCUGACAAAAAAGCAGAAAAAGCUACAGAAGAAGUUUCCAAAAAUCUGGUGGCCAUGAAGGAAAUCCUGUACGGCACAAACGAGAAGGAGCCGCAGACGGAGGCAGUGGCGCAGCUUGCUCAGGAACUCUAUAACAGUGGCCUCCUCAGCACCCUGGUCGCCGACCUACAGCUCAUUGACUUCGAGGGCAAAAAAGACGUGGCUCAAAUUUUCAACAAUAUUCUCAGAAGACAAAUUGGUACAAGAACUCCUACUGUUGAAUACAUCUGCACCCAACAGAAUAUUUUGUUCAUGUUAUUGAAAGGGUAUGAAUCUCCAGAAAUAGCUCUAAAUUGUGGAAUCAUGUUAAGAGAAUGCAUCAGACAUGAACCGCUUGCAAAAAUAAUUUUGUGGUCAGAACAGUUUUAUGAUUUCUUCAGAUAUGUGGAAAUGUCAACAUUUGACAUAGCUUCAGAUGCGUUUGCCACAUUCAAGGAUUUACUUACAAGACAUAAGUUGCUCAGUGCAGAAUUUUUGGAGCAGCAUUAUGAUAGAUUCUUCAGUGAAUACGAGAAGUUACUUCAUUCAGAAAAUUAUGUGACAAAAAGACAGUCACUCAAGCUUCUCGGUGAGCUGCUAUUAGAUAGACACAACUUCACAAUUAUGACAAAGUACAUCAGUAAACCUGAGAACCUCAAGUUAAUGAUGAACCUUCUACGAGACAAAAGCCGCAACAUCCAGUUCGAGGCCUUUCACGUUUUCAAGGUGUUUGUGGCCAAUCCCAACAAGACACAGCCCAUCUUAGAUAUCCUCCUCAAGAACCAGACCAAACUCAUCGAGUUCCUCAGCAAGUUUCAGAAUGACAGGACCGAGGACGAACAGUUUAAUGAUGAGAAGACCUAUUUAGUUAAACAGAUCAGGGAUUUGAAGAGACCGGCCCAGCAAGAAGCCUGAUUCCCAAUAAACAGCUAAAAUAGUAAAUCCAAAUUCAGCAUUUGCUGUUAGCUACUCAGCAUCAGGCGCUCUUAUCGAUUCAUGAGGAACAUUACUGCUAGUCUGCUGUUAGUGAACGGUUUUUCAUUUUACCUUUUUCGUUUUUUUAGUCCCAAGUUGGAGAACGUAGCUGCUGCUUUCUUGCACACUAGAGCACACGUGGACUUUUUCUUGAUCUUUUUGUGUUAUUUCAGAAUUGAAAGACUCUGUUCACUAUAGGAGUUCUGAAAACGGCUAGGUUUGUGAAGGCAAACAUACAGCUGAUAGUGUGGUUUAGGGAAGAGGGCGUUGGUAUGAGGGGAUUGAACCUGUGUGUUUGCAUUUAUCUUUGUUAAAGACCUGAGCACAGUGUGGCCAGAGCAUACCUGGCAUUCUCGGUCAGAUUGUCCACCUUCACUCAAGGAAGAUCGGGCAGAGCUUUACUGGAAAUCAGGGGGCUGGAUCCAAGAUGGGAGCUUUUGCGGGGGGAUAAAGUUGACAUGCAUAUAAAUUGAUGCUAAAACUUAGCAACUUCUCAAAAGUGUGAAGCUUCAUAAGGUCAUGAGGAAAAUGUAUAUAUGCUUUUCACGGCUUUCUAGAGUUUUUUGACAUUUGAUUUUCUUGAGACUUGACUUGUAAACUUGGAUAUGUUGAAGGGUAUCUGUUAAUUUUACUUUUUGAAGGUAUUUUAAAACAGUAGAGCUAGCGACGCCACCUCGCAUUUCAUUUCAACAAUGCCUACAGGUUUCUUUUGUAUAUAAUUCUUAGAAUGCUCAUUUCUUUUAAAUGAUUUAAUUUGUACAGCAGACGAAUGUUAUUGUAUUAGUAUGUAACUAUUACCUAAUAUUAAGUUUUUGCAAAAAAAAAAAAAAAUGAAUGCUCAUAUGUAAUUGAAAUACUUCGGAUCACAUGAAAAUGCUGAUUUAACAUUUAAGUAUCACAGCAUUAAAAG